GAGGGCGCGCUACGCGGAAGUGAUGGAAUCCACCACUGACUGACUCUAGACACAGCGCUGUAGGAACCGUCAGGACAGGCUGGUUUACAGAGCACUGUUACAUCGAAUUCAUGUAAAACAUAUACUUUGCUUUAACAUCAUACGGGUUAUAGAUUGGCUUCAUCAUGUCAAAGAAUACCGUGUCCGAUCGUUUCCGGAAAGUGGACGUGGAUGAGUACGACGAGAACAAGUUUGUGGACGAAGAAGAGGGAGGAGAAAAUCAACUGGGUCCAGAUGAGGCAGAGGUGGAUUCUCUCAUCAGACAAGGGAACUUUAUGGGCGCCCUGCAGGCAGUGUUAAAAAACCCACCAAUCAACACAAAGAAUCAGAACGUCAAGGAUCGUGCUGAAGGUUUGGUGCUGAAGGUGCUCAGUUCUUUCAAGAGCACUGAUAUAGAGAAAGGUGUUCAGUCUCUGGAUAAGAAUGGAGUGGACCUGCUCAUGAAAUACAUUUACAAGGGCUUCGAGAGACCAUCUGAAAACAGCAGUGCGGUCCUGCUGCAGUGGCAUGAAAAGGCUCUGUCUGCCGGUGGAGUGGGCUGUAUCGUGAGGGUCCUAACAGCCAGGAAAACUGUGUAAACGGCAAGCCAAUUGGGAAACACAAUAUCCUGCCGAGACCCUUAAUACAAGGGAUGACCUUCUACAGGGUGCUGAAGAGGACCUCUCAUGAUCUGAUCCUAUACUAAUCACCUGCUGCUUAUCUCCUCUUUCAUAUCACCCUUCAUUCACUCUCAUCAGUCAAAACCACAUUCCCUCAGAUCUAUGUUAGAUUAACCGUAGCUUCUCUCAGGAAUACUUUUCUAUACUCAUCUGUAUUAUGAUGAAUUUGAUCUAAAGUUGCUUAAUUGUAUUAAAUGUUUGUUUUAACCUUUUGGUAUUACAUUACUCUUCAUGCGUUUUAAUGGUCUAAAGUGAUGGCAGAUGGGAACAGACCAAUAGGUCAUUGUGUUUUUCUCACUAGUGUCUGUCCACAUUCUGGCGCAUUAAAGUGAUAGUUCACCCAAAAAUAAAAAAUCCUGUCAUCAUUUACUCACCGUCGUGUCAUUUCAAACCUGUAUGACUUUCUUCUGCAGAACACAAAGGAAGAUAUUUUGAAAAAUGUUAAUUGGCACCCAUUUACUAGCAUUGGUUUUGUGUCCAUUAAAUGGAAGUAAAUGGGUGCCAGCGCUGUUUGGUUACCAACUUUUUUAUCUUUUGUGUUUGGCAAGAAGAAAGUCAUAUAGGUUUGAAAUGACAAGAGGGCAAGUAAAUGAUGAAAGAUUUUUCAUUUUCAUCACUUUAAAACUUUGCAUCAUGAAACAGUUCUAAGUCAUUGGACAUUAUUUCAUAGUGUUUAUUUGUUUGUAACCAAAGGGCAUCAGCUGACCAUCAUACACAGGCACAGCUAUAACAGUCUGAUCAAAAGCUGUGCGCGUUCUGCGAGUCUCAUGUUCAGAUGACAUUUCUUUAAAUCUGACUUUUACUAACGCCAAGUCUAUUAAUGGUCUUAAUGUAACUUUGUGCAAAUGGCAAUAUUCCAAAGCACUUAUUAGCAAUGCUCCAUUGCUAUUAUAUUUUAGAGUACACAUCUGUAUCCAAUCGUGUGUCAGGAAACGUUUUUUAGCCAAUAAUGUUGAAUGGUGCAGCAAAGUCACAGGGAUCUAGGGCCCGAUGUAUUAAUGUUGCGUACACACAAAAUGGGCAUUGAAAUGUUAUGCGUAAUUCCAUGUCGGGAUUCAUAAAAAUAGAUUUCAUACUUAAAAUAUCUCAAGUGUCUGUUUGUUGUGCACACUAUGUUUUAUACAUGAGGCCCCGGUCUCUCCAAUGCAGUAAAACUGAAUUUACAGAAUAAUAAACCAAACCAGUGAAAUGACUGCCUUACAAAAUAUACUUUUUUUAUGUUUGUGCUUUUGUGACUGAAUAAUAAACUAUUAAAUAUA